CGGUAAGAGUGAGAGAUCAUCAUCGUACCUCCACGAUGGCUGAGCCUCUGAAAACAAACGGCAAUGGGGCUGCUGAAGCGGGCUCUGCGUUUGCGUCGGUGAAGGUGCCGCCGUCGCCCCCGAGGAGGCUGCAGAGGUUCGACUCCCUGCAUAUGGAGGCCGGGAAGAUUCCUGGUGGCUAUAGCUAUGCAGCCAAGGUUGGCUGGGCGACGACACUGCACUUGGCCUUCCAGAGCCUAGGUGUGGUUUAUGGGGACAUGGGAACUUCGCCCCUCUAUGUGUUUUCCAGCACCUUUACUGGUGGGAUCAAGGACACAGAUGACCUCCUUGGUGUCAUGUCCCUGAUUAUCUACACUGUGCUUCUCCUUCCAUUGAUGAAAUAUUGUUUCAUUGUCUUGAGAGCUAAUGACAACGGCGAUGGUGGAACAUUUGCACUUUAUUCCUUGAUAUCUCGGUAUGCUAGGAUUAGCUUGAUACCGAACCAGCAGGCUGAAGAUGCAACAGUCUCUCACUACAAGUUAGAGUCUCCCACAAAUCGUGUCAAGCGGGCUCAUUGGAUUAAGGAAAAGAUGGAAAACAGCCCGAAAUUUAAGGUCAUACUUUUCCUAGUGACAAUUCUAGCAACAUCAAUGGUUAUUGGUGACGGUGUGCUAACUCCAUGUAUUUCAGUGCUUAGUGCAGUUACGGGAAUCAAGCAAUCAGCAAAGUCGUUAACUCAAGGACAAAUUGCUGGCAUCGCAAUCGGCAUUCUGAUCGUCCUCUUUCUUGUUCAGCGCUUUGGCACAGACAAAGUUGGUUACACAUUUGGCCCAGUAAUCUUUAUAUGGUUCAUCUUAAUUGCUGGCAUUGGAAUCUAUAAUUUGAUCAAACAUGAUACUGGCAUUCUGAAAGCAUUCAACCCACAAUAUAUAGUAGAAUAUUUCCAAAGAAAUGGCAAGGACGGCUGGAUUUCUCUUGGAGGUGUUAUCUUAUGCAUUACAGGAACCGAAGCAAUGUUUGCUGACCUUGGUCACUUCAAUGUGAGAGCAAUUCAGAUUGGCUUUUCUGCAGUUCUGCUCCCAUCAGUACUGCUUGCUUACAUGGGACAGGCUGCAUAUCUUCGCAUCCACCCUGAAGAUGUUGCAGAUACAUUCUACAAAUCAAUCCCAGGUGAGAUCAUAAGAGGAUCAGCUAAGAAAUUGAAUGAGUUAGGCACUCAAAGAUUAAUAUUUAACAACAAACUCGUUUAUUUUGUCACAGGUCCAUUAUAUUGGCCAACAUUUGUGGUGGCCGUGGCUGCUGCUAUAAUUGCAAGCCAAGCUAUGAUUUCUGGUGCCUUUGCAAUCAUUGCUCAGUCCCAAGUUCUUGGUUGCUUUCCACGGGUUCGUGUCACUCACACCUCAAAAAAGUAUCAUGGGCAGGUCUACAUCCCUGAGAUCAACUAUGCAUUAAUGAUCUUAUGUGUAGCUGUGACAGCUAUUUUCCAAACUACAGACAAGAUUGGCAAUGCAUAUGGUAUUGCUGUCGUCUUUGUGAUGUUCAUAACAACACUUCUAGUCACACUGGUAAUGGCCAUGAUAUGGAAGACAAGUUUGCUGUGGAUUGCACUCUUUCCAAUAAUAUUUGGCGGCGCAGAGCUCCUGUACUUAUCCUCAGCAUUCUACAAAUUUGUAGAAGGUGGCUACUUGCCACUAGGUUUUGCAGCAAUUUUGAUGCUUAUAAUGGGCACAUGGCACUAUGUUCAUGUUCAUCGGUACAAAUACGAGCUCAAGAACAAAGUGUCAAACAACUAUGUGGCAGAUUUGGCAACAAGGAGAAAUCUUGCUAGGUUGCCAGGAAUAGGCGUUCUGUACUCUGAGCUUGUGCAAGGAAUCCCACCCAUACUGCCCCAUUUGGUAGAAAAAGUACCUUCCAUCCAUUCAGUUCUUGUGAUUACCUCAAUAAAGUACUUACCAAUCAGCAAUAUAGAAACAAAUGAACGGUUCCUCUUCCGAUAUGUGGAGCCAAGAGAAUACAGGGUAUUCCGAUGUGUGGUGCGCUAUGGUUACAACAAUAAAGUAGAAGAUCCAAGAGAGUUCGAGAACUUGCUUAUUGGGAACUUGAAGCAAUUCAUCCAUCAAGAAUCACUCUGCAGCGAAAGUAGUCAUUCCCUUGAAGGAGAAGAUAAUGCAUUCGAAGAAUCAGGAGAUACAAUGGAGCCUUCUGUUGAAGUUCAAGAUGCAAGGUUGCCGAAAAGGUUUUUGGAUGGAAUCACUGCUAGCCCAGUGAACGGGUUAAUGGAUGAGAUAGAGUUUAUUCAGAGAGGGAUGGAUGAUGGUGUUGUCCAUCUACUGGGAGAAACUAACGUGGUGGCGGAGCAAAAUGCCGGUUUGGUGAAGAAAAUAAUAGUUGACUACGCCUACAAUUUCAUGAGGAAGAACUUCAGGCAACCAGAGAAGAUCACAUGUGUUCCACAUAACAGGCUGCUGCGUGUGGGAAUGACAUACGAGAUAUAGAGAGAUGCUCAGUGUAUUGAUGAGAUUGACAAUAGCUUCAGUUUUCUCAGUACCAAGUGCAGAAAGGAUAUGCAGAGGAAGGCGGCGACCGGGUAAACAGCCUCCUUGACUGAACAGCAGAGGAUGGAGAGAUUUUACGCGUACAAGUGGUGAAACUACAGUACAUGCAAUGGGUAUUUACCAUAUAGUAAUAUUUUUGUUUGGGAAAUUGUACUGCAUAAGUGUUUGUUAGCAAUAGGGAUGCAUAGCUGUUAAGUGUUAAACUCCUAGUUUGGCCAACUCUUUGCCUUCUAUUGGAAAACUCAAAAACUUAGUAUGUGCAGUUGUACACAAAGAUUGUAACCUACUGGCAAAAGUUAAACAAAAAAUAAAGUAUGACUUUUGUACA